GGUGGAAGCGGCGGCCCAGAGCCCUCUCGCGGUCGCGGCGGCAGCAGCGCCAGCCUCAGCCGAAGCCUGGCCGCCGCUGCCGCUUCGCGGUCCCGCCGCCUGGCCCGAAAUGAGCGAAGCGGAUCGGGUGCCCUCGCCCGCCGCGCCGCCGGCGGGCGCGGCGGCGGCGCCGGAGGAGAAGAAAGGGAAGGAGCCGGAGCGCCAGAAGCUGCCGCCCGUCGUGACUGCGGUAGGUGCUGGGCGGGAGUCGCGGGGCGCCCCGACGGCGGGUUUGGACAGAGGAUCCAAAGGCCAAACUUCCACUCUCAGCAGUUUUGUUUCAACUGUCAGCCAGAAGAAAGAAGCCACUGAAAACAGAAGUUCACCUAUACAUCUUGUUUUUCCUAACAUCAAGAAUGUGAAAGACCCACCACCAGUUUGCCUUGAUGUUAGACAGAAACAGCGUAUCUCUACAGAUGAUGCAGUAUCUUCCGAAACGAAGGCCCCAGCUCCUCCAGAACCUGCCCUUCCUAUCCAGCCCAAAACUAUGAAGGACUUUCAGGAAGAUGUAGAAAAAGCUAAGUCAUCAGGAGAUUGGAAAGUGGUACAUGAUUUUUACCUAACAACAUUUGAUUCUUUCCCAGAACUAAAUGCUGCAUUUAAGAAAGAUGCUACCACCUCGCUUAAUACCAUUGAAGACUCUGGGAUUAAUGCUAAAUUUGUGAAUGCUGUAUAUGAUGCCUUACUUAAUACUCCUCAAGACAUUCAGAAGACAGUAUUAAAGGGGAUCAUUAACAGCCUGUUACGAGAAUGGAAAGGUCCACGAACAAAAGAUGAUCUUAGAGCAUAUUUUGUACUUUUACAGAAUCCUCAGUUUAAUAACACAUCUACGUAUGUCAUCUAUGCUCACUUGCUACGACAGAUAGCCGCCUUAGUGGAAGCUGACCAUCAUUUCUUAGUUCACUGGUUUAAAAAAUUAUCCCAGAAGAGAUUCAAACAAGUGGUUGAAAGAUUGCUGCAAUUUAUUUCUUUACGGCUGUUUCCUGCAAAGCCUGAAGAAUUUCCACCGAUAACGAAAUGUUCCUGGUGGAUCCCAUCAGCAUCUAAAGUGCUGGCUUUACUUAAUACUGCAAACAAUUUGGUUCACCCUCCCCUUAUUCCUUAUACCGAUUUCUAUAAUUCUACAUUGGAUCACAUUGAUCUCAUGGAGGAAUACCACACCUGGCAGAGCUUUGGGAACUCUCACAGGUUUUCCUUCUGUCAAUACCCAUUCGUUAUUUCUAUAGCUGCAAAAAAAAUCAUUAUUCAGAGAGACUCAGAACAACAGAUGAUAAGCAUCGCAAGGCAAAGUCUGGUGGAUAAAGUAUCUCGAAGACAGAGACCUGACAUGAACAUGUUGUUCCUGAACAUGAAAGUGAGGAGGACACACCUGGUUAGCGACUCUCUUGACGAGUUAACCCGGAAAAGAGCAGACUUGAAAAAGAAGUUGAAAGUUACAUUUGUAGGGGAAGCUGGUUUGGAUAUGGGUGGCUUGACUAAAGAAUGGUUCCUCCUUCUGAUUCGCCAGAUUUUUCAUCCAGAUUAUGGCAUGUUUACAUAUCACAAAGAUUCACAAUGCCAUUGGUUUAGCAGCUUUAAAUGUGAUAACUAUUCAGAAUUCCGAUUGGUUGGAAUUCUUAUGGGAUUAGCUGUUUAUAACAGCAUCACCUUGGAUAUUCGCUUCCCCCCCUGCUGUUACAAGAAAUUAUUGAGCCCUCCCAUCGUUCCCACGGAUCAGAAUACGCCAGUAGGCAUCUGCAGUGUUACCACUGAUGACUUAUGUCAAAUUAUGCCUGAGCUGGCCCACGGAUUAAGUGAACUCCUGUCCUAUGAGGGCAAUGUUGAAGAAGAUUUCUACUCCACAUUCCAGGUUUUUCAAGAAGAAUUUGGAAUAAUUAAGUCCUAUAAUUUAAAGCCAGGUGGUGAUAAAAUUCCAGUUACCAAUCAAAAUAGGAAAGAGUAUGUACAGCUUUAUGUUGACUUUCUUCUCAACAAAUCCAUCUAUAAGCAGUUCGCUGCAUUUUAUUAUGGAUUUCAUAGUGUGUGUGCUUCAAAUGCCCUUAUGCUGCUUCGUCCAGAUGAGGUGGAAAUUCUGGUGUGUGGAAGUCCAGAGCUGGAUAUGCACGCCCUGCAGAGAAGUACACAGUAUGAUGGCUAUGCGAAAACCGACUUGACUAUAAGAUACUUUUGGGAUGUUGUGCUGGGCUUUCCUCUUGAUCUUCAGAAGAAGCUGCUGCAUUUUACUACAGGAAGUGACCGAGUCCCUGUAGGAGGAAUGGCUGAUCUGAACUUUAAAAUCUCAAAGAAUGAGACUUCUACUAAUUGGUUGCCUGUGGCUCACACCUGCUUCAAUCAACUUUGCCUUCCCCCCUACAAAAGCAAAAAGGACCUGAAACAGAAACUGAUCAUUGGAAUUUCAAAUGCAGAAGGUUUUGGACUUGAGUAACCUAGAAGACUUGAAACAUAUUUUAUAUGUAGCAUUCACUUCCCUCUUACUGUGCCUUUAACCUUUUCAUGUUUUCAUCUCAAAACAACUUAACAGAGCUCACCAACUUUAAAAUACUGACUUUUUAAAAAAAAUCGAAUAUGAAGUAUGUUGGUGGAGGCAUGAUUUUCUAAAACCACAGAUACUGCUUGAGUGGGGAAAAGACCAGAUGGCAGAGACAGGUGUGGGUUUGGCCCUUCUUUUUUAUAGCACUUUAUCAUUCUCAAUGAGUAGUUUAUCACGGGUGUUCCGCUGGGGAGGCCGGGUGCAAUAAAGAAAGCACUGAUGACACAGUGGAACCCAGUAUGGAGUGUGUGCCACUGGUACAUAGUAGCAACACAGAGAGCUACAUUAUCAUUAAUGUAAGGCAUGUCGCCAUAUUUUCAUAUAGAGGUAAACAACAGUAUAAUUGCAAAUGCAAUUUACAGGGUUUUUCAUAUACUGGUUUUGGUCUUAUAAGGUUCUUUUCAACUGUUGCUGAAAAGCAUGUAAAUAACUACAGAAUAAGCCUGAGAAUAAUGGGAUUUUGAUAGUGCAAUUUAUUGCUAAAGAUUUAUUUUUACAAAGUAAAUUCAGGGUUUUAGAUGUGUAUACAGCUUUUACAAAUCAAUAAAGACGACUGUACUAGAGUGUAACUAUUUUCAGACUAAUUGGAUUCAGGUUAUUUUCUUUUUAGUAUUGUUAGUCUGCAUGCACAUUGGCAGUAGUAACUUUAAAUACUCUGUAAUAUUUGUAUAAAGAUCAUUUCUUCUUAAGGGUUGGGAUAUUAAAAAAUCAGAUAACUAAUCAUUGAUAAAUUAAGUCAAGUUACAAGCACAAAAGAAAAUGUUUUUAUAUAUACUUUGAUGUACAAGGCUUAUUUGUAAUAUUUUUUGAUUAUCAGUUGUACUGAAACACUAAUUUUUGGAAAAGGUUAGGAUAAGAUAUUUGACAAAAGUGAAUACAUAUCAUUUCUGUCAAAAUGACAUAUUUGGUGUAAAAUAAUCAGGUUCAACAUUUUGAUCAAAAUGUUUGUUUUUCACUGGAUUAUGAAUAUAGUAAAUUCAAAAGUACCCUUUUGGGAGUUUCUAACAAAGUAACAUGUAAAAAGGAAAUGUAUUUUAAAUCAGACAGUAAAUGGUUUUCUUUUUAAUUUACAGCAAAUGAAGCAGUUUUAUUAGCAUGCUAUAAAUAUUUCCUAAUCAAGACUUCUCUAUGUUCCUUCAGAAAACUCUGAAGAUAUAUUUGCAAUAAUAAGGAAGCCAGCAUUUAGUACCAGCAUAUGGUUCACAUGCAAAUAAUACUUUCCCACAAUUUUUCCUGAGCUAUGUUAUUUUCUUACCGCUUUGCUUCCUGCACCCAACCAGCAGAAUUCUUUUAGGGUGAAGGAACUCAUCAGCUUGUUUCCUGCGGUUCUGAAGCUAGGCCAUGAAUCUUGGUUUACUGUUCUCUUUGAAACAGAAGUUUCUGCUUUUUCGUUUAGAUAUACUAUUUAAAGGAUUUUCUUAAAAAUCUUGGAAAGCCUAAGAGAGUUCCAGGCAUGUUGGUUUCAUUUUGUUUGCUCUGUUUUUAAUCUAUAUGCAAAUAAAACUGCUUCUCUCUUACACUGCUUGAACUAGAAAGUAAGACGUUUAAUGUAGGUUACUACUAACUAAUAAGCACAAAAGAAUCACGUAUAAGAAACCAGAUUUAAGUGUUUUAAAUAAAAUGAAAAUAAAGUUUUUACUUGGUAGAGAUGGGAAAUUGUAAUGGCUUUGUCUGCAUGUUUAAUGAUGUGCUUGUAUAGCAAUAGGUAUGUCGUUUUUAAAUAAGAAGUACACAAGCAAGCCAGAUUUUUAAAUGACAAGAGUCCAUAAGUAACUGGAAAACUUUUGUUGUCUGUUGUUAAGUUGAAAUUUGUAACCAUUUAUCACUUAAUUGCACAUUGCCUUUAUUUAUUUAUGCUGUUUUGGGUUUACAGUGUAAUAAUACCUCAUUUUCUUAAAAAAGAACCACUACUGUUAUAUUUCGUUAAUUUAAACAGCUAAAAAUUCAUGUUAUUGCUUUUUAUAUAAUCUGUUAAUGAAUUCUUGUUUUUUUGUAUCUGCCACAGUAACUUAAAUCAUUACACGGUAUUUAUCAUCAUUUACAAAAUGUCUUAUCCUUUUUUAAUCUUUGCUUAGUCAUAUUUUUGUCUGUAUGAUCAGAGGUUUUUAACCUGUUUUUUGUACAAAUCUGUAUUGUAUUAAGUUGUUAACUUCUGGGUAAAAUUUUUCAAAUAUUAAAGUUAUACAAUCA